GAAGCGCCUUCUCUGAUCACCACAAUGAAGCCCGAUGAAGCCCGUGCCGCUCUGAAACCCCAUUAUGAGGCCCUUCUGAAGAACAUGAAUGAAGGAAAAUUCGAGGAGAAUUUCAAGCAUUUCCAUCCUCAUUGUGCGGUAGUACAUAGAGGCAAAGGAGCUUAUUACGGCAAAGAACAGAUCGGAGCGAUGUUGAAGAAACUUUUCGAGGAGCAACAUCCUAAGAACAUCAAGAUUACUCAUUUUCAAUAUCUAGAAAUUCGUGAAAAACUGAAGCCGAUCUACGAGGAACUCGAGCAGAACAUGACAAAAGGGGAUUUGCAAGCAAAUUUCAAGCAUCUUCACAGUGACUGUGUGAUUGUGCAAAAAGGAAAAGAAGCUUACUACGGAAAGGAACGUGAGUCAUAUUGCUACGAGAUUGGUAACAAGAUGAAGAGUUUUUUCCAAGAGCAUCAACCCAAAAACAUUAAGAGAUCGAAAGCGGUGUAUUACGGUUGUGAGUGUUGCAUUUGUGUGUCCGUUGAAGUCAGUUUCGAUACACCAAAAGGGCCAGCAAAAGUUGAUGAGCACCACAUUUGGAGAAAGGAGAACAACGAUUGGAAAUUGUAUCAUAUUGAGUAUGAGAUGGUCCAUUAA